GCUCAGCUCUCUGUGAGAUUUCCAAUGCUUGUGAUAGUCUCAGCCUCAGUGUCCUUUGCUUAGACCUGCUAUAAUGUUCUUAAAUUAAUACAUAUGGAGAUGCUGUGGGGGAAUAUGCUGGUGCGCAAAGGGAGUCUCCAUCCUUCUCCCCACAGAGUGGAAACUGGAUAUGUGGCCAGGGCUCCAGGGGUGUUCCCAGCGUAAUGCAUCUUGGAAGUUAUCUGCCGAUUCUCUACUUUAACCCCCAGUAAAAGCCUCAUAGAUGAUAUUUCUCUGCGCGACUCCAUGGAUGUGGUUCACUGAGGACCAUCUGAAGAACAGGCAUGGCAGUGUCAACUAUGGUGUUCUCUGACGUGGAAAGUUUUCUGGACGCGCAUCCCGAGUUAUUCGAGGACUACCUGAACAGAAAGGGGAAUUAUAGCAUGGUGGAGAAAUGGCUCAAGAACCACAAGGCGAGCAAAAGUCCGGCGGCUGCGGGUCCCGCCGAGCCGAGAGAGGAGAAGGGCAGCGCGUGUAAGGACAGCUGGGCGAGCAAAUGUGACGGUCUGCAGAGGAGAGCCUCGCAGAAGGAGCUGCGCAAAACUUUCGCCAAAUCAAAGGCCAUCAAUGUCAACAGGACAUACGACGAACAUGUGAACUCCAGGGCUCAGGAGCCCCUUACCAGCAUGAGGAGGAGAGCUCUGCUGAGGAAGGCGAGCUCUCUGCCCCCGACCACUGCGCACAUACUGAGCGCACUGCUGGAGUCCAGAGUCAACAUCCCCCAGUACCCGUCCACAGCCGUGGAUUUUAAAUAUUACCUCAAAGAACACAACGAAAGAGAGUUUUUCCUGGAGCUUGUAAAAGACAUAUCCAACGACUUGGAUCUAACGAGUCUCAGCUACAAAAUCCUUGUGUUUGUUUGUAUUAUGGUGGAUGCAGACCGGUGCUCCUUGUUUUUAGUGGAGGGGACGGGCAACAAGAAGACACUAGUGUCCAAAUUCUUUGACGUGCACGCAGGUACUACAGUUUUACCCUCCAUGAAUUCAGAUGAAGUUCAAGUGCCGUGGGGGAAAGGGAUCAUUGGAUAUGUAGCUGAACACGGAGAGACAGUGAACAUUCCUGACGCUUAUCAGGAUCGUCGGUUCAGUGAUGAAAUCGACAAGCUGACAGGGUACAAAACCAAGUCCCUCUUGUGCAUGCCCAUUCGCAACAGCGACGGAGAGAUCAUUGGAGUCGCUCAGGGCAUCAACAAGACUUCAAGUGGAGAACUCUUCACUGAAGAUGAUGAAAAGGUGCUGCAGAUGUACCUGCCUUUCUGUGGCAUUGCGAUCUCCAACGCCCAACUCUUCGCCGCCUCAAGGAAGGAGUAUGACCGGAGUCGGGCACUCUUGGAGGUAGUCAAUGACCUGUUUGAGGAGCAGACUGACCUGGAGAAGAUUGUCAGGAAGAUCAUGCACCGUGCCCAGACAUUGCUAAAGUGCGAGCGCUGCUCUGUUCAGUUGCUGGAGGACAUUGAGUCACCGGUGGUGAAGUUCACCAAGUCGUUUGAGCUACUGUCCCCUAAGUGUAGUGCAGACACUGAAAGCAGUUUCAAAGACAGCAUGGAGAAAUCGUCCUACUCUGACUGGCUCAUCAACAACAGCAUCGCAGAGCUGGUAGCUUCCACAGGACUCCCCGUGAACAUUAGCGAUGCCUAUCAGGAUCCUCGCUUUGAUGCUGAGGCAGACCAAUUCUCGGACUUCCACAUCCGCUCUGUGCUUUGUGUUCCCAUAUGGAACAGCAACCAUCAAAUCAUUGGUGUCGCCCAAGUGCUGAACAGGCUCGAUGGGAAACCAUUCGAUGACGCAGACCAGCGUCUCUUUGAAGCGUUUGUCAUCUUUUGUGGACUGGGCAUCAACAACACCAUCAUGUACGACCAGGUGAAGAAAUCUUGGGCCAAGCAGUCUGUGGCUUUGGAUGUUCUGUCUUACCAUGCCACUUGCUCCAAGACUGAAGUUGACAAAUUCAAGGCUGCCAACAUUCCCCUGGUCUGCGAGCUCGGCAUCGAUAAGCUCUCCUUUGACGACUUCUCCCUGGACGUUGACGCCAUGAUAACGGCCGCUCUGAGGAUGUUCAUGGAGUUGGGGAUGCUGCAGAAAUUUAAGAUCGACUAUGAGACACUGUGCAGAUGGCUGCUGACAGUCAGAAAAAACUACAGAAUGGUUCUCUAUCACAACUGGAGACAUGCCUUCAACGUCUGCCAGUGCAUGUUUGCCAUGCUAACGACGGCAGGCUUCCAGGAGACCCUGACAGAGGUGGAGAUCUUAGCGCUUAUUGUGGGCUGUGUGUGCCAUGACUUGGACCACAGGGGAACCAACAACGCUUUUCAGGCAAAGACGGGCUCAGCCCUUGCUCUGCUUUAUGGGACCUCUGCUACGCUGGAGCACCACCACUUCAACCACGCCGUUAUGAUCCUGCAGAGCGAGGGUCACAAUAUCUUCUCCAACCUCUCGUCCACAGAGUACAGUGACCUCAUGCAGCUGUUGAAACAGUCGAUUCUGGCCACAGACCUCACACUUUACUUUGAGAACAGAAACACUUUCUUUGAGCUGGUCAGCAAAGGAGAGUACAACUGGAAUGUGAAGGGUCACAGGGACAUGUGCAGAUCCAUGAUGAUGACAGCGUGUGAUCUUGGUGCUGUCACUAAACCUUGGGAAAUAUCACGCAAGGUUGCAGAGUUGGUGACCAGCGAGUUCUUCGAGCAGGGCGACAGAGAGAGAUCAGAGCUGAAGCUCACGCCCUCUGCCAUCUUUGAUCGAAACAGGAAGGACGAGCUGCCGGGGCUCCAGCUGGAGUGGAUUGAUGGAAUUUGUGCGCCACUGUACGAGACUCUGGUCAAGUUGAAUCCCAAACUUCAGCCGAUGGUUGACAUGAUCAAAGCUAACAGGGCCAACUGGGAAGAACUGAACAAGAAGAGACAACGCGGUCAAAGUGUUUCUCCUCCCGCGAGCCCCUGCAGUGGAGACAGCACAGAAACAAGCGGCUGCACUGUGGCCAAAACGGGCGUCACACCCUGCUGCAGCGGCGAUGCAGACGGCACACCAUCCAAACCUGUUAGUUAGCUUCUGACGCCAUAUCCGAGCUGACCUCUUAGGCUUACGUCCUCUUAAAUGCAGCCUGCAACAGAGGCAGUGCAGUGCAUGCAGAGGUUCUUGGGCUCUGCUCCUCUUUGCUUUUGCUGCUAGAGAUGAGCUUUAGACUUGAGCGCGGCGCUAUCAUAGAGGUUUUUCUGCUCCCUUCAGUGUUCCUCUGCUGAAGGCUGACAGAGCUGUGUUUGGCGAGCUUGUCGGAGCAGCUACAAAUCAGCUGAUGACACCACGUCAGAAAGGAAACUCAAACCACUGUGUCAACAUGUCAACCAGUGAGCUAACACUAACUAUUCUGGGCAUUGCACAGAUUUUCGGCACAAUAAGGCAUGGAGAAUAUUGGAGAGGAAUGUUUGUCUCUGCUGUGGUUCGUUUUGCUCUCAGUACCUCCUCGUUGCUCGCAUUUUGUCUGGGGUAACAGAGAUAUUUUUUGUAAAUCUGUACAUAAGCUGUUAUUUACAAGUGCUGUUUAAGAACCUGUAAGCUCUGGAUUGUAAUGUGGCUGUAGAGUUUCUGAAGGAUAAAGGGGUGCAGGAACAGCAGGACCUGUGACAGUGCUUGCAAUGCAAAUUGAGUGCUCCGCUCCCUCCCUUCCUGUGCCUUGUUUUAAGAUCCUAAUGAAAAAUGCAUGGCCUCCUCACCAAGAUUCUUAGAUAGUAUGGAAACCCAUGUUGAACUAGGACAUGUUUUGCCAUAAUUUAUAAAAACCAAUGACUGCAGUCACGUCUUGACCCCAUGUUAGCCACAAAGCAUCAACAUUAUAUAGAAAUCUAUUUUGCCCAGUUUUAUAAAUGCAGGGUCUCACUUGUCACACACAAACACACACAAUGUGCCUUGAUGACAUUGUUCUGAUAUCACAUUCAUUUCUGCAGAAACUUAACACUACAAUACAUUUAAUAGAAACUCCUCACUAAACUAUUAAAAAAAACAACAAGAAUUACCACCCCGCAGUUAUAUACCUCCACACACUGGUCAAGUUUCUCUUACAGUUUACUUCCAUGUCUAUGAAAACACGAAUGCCUCACACACACAUCCUCCCCUGACAGCACAGAAGAUCUAUACAAUCAGCACAGUUUCAAGGUUAGUGUCACCAAUUCAGCAUCUGACCAAAUGUCUCCCCUUCUGUUCCUGAGUUAUGACGUUAAGUGAUGGCAAGAGAAGUGUUUUAUACAGAACAUUAUGAUGUCACAGUGAAGUUGACCUUUGACCUUUUGGAUAUAAAAUGUCAUCACUUCAUCAUUAUAUUCUAUUAUACAUUUGUUGGUUUUGUCAUGAUUGGCGUAUGUAUUCUUGAAUUAUGGCCAAAAACAUAUUUUGUGAGGUCACACUGACCUUCACCAUUGACCACCAAAAUUUAAAAAGUUCAUCCUUGACUCAAAGUGGAUGUUUGUGCCAAAUUUGAAGAAAUUCCCUCCAGGCGUUCUUGCGAUGUGUUCACAAGAAAGGGACAGACGGACGUAUGGAUUACAUAUGUACGUACGGACAACCCCAAAAUAAAUGUUUCCAGCCAAGGCUAUCUCCGGUGCUGAGGCAUAAAAAGAAUAGUUUGAAAUUUAAAGAAAUACACUCACUCAAAUGGGGCAUACACCAUAUGAUCUGAGCCUGUUUUAGAAAUGUUGCCAACUCCCGCUGUACAAGUAAAUCAUCUGCAAUAUAAAGCCAAAGCUCACGAUUUAUGUGCUCACACUGUAUGUGUAAAAUAGAACAGCCUUUCGGCCCCCGCUAGAUGUUCUGGCACCUAGCAGGUCAAUAAAGAUUUGUUCGAAAGCUCAGGGGCUGCCGGCAGGUAGAAGUUUGCUAACGGAGGGACAGUUCACAAUAAUGUAGAGGCAGACAUCCCAAAAGGACCGUAAAAGUCAGUUUAGGGAAUUGACUCGUGGCUCAGCUUCAACUAUGCAAGAGCCUGACAACAGCUAAUUAAAAUUUCUAACAUGUCAGAAAUUCAUCUUAACGCCCGACAGCCGUUAGGAAGCAGUUCAUCGUGUUUUGAUUGGUCUUCCAUCCCCCCUGUGCACUAAACGGGAAAUGUGCCCAAUGAAGUCAAAAUUCCGUCCAACUUUUAAAUUAGUUCUGCAGCUCAAAUUUCAAAUCAGAAACAGCCUCAAAUCAUACCGCUCAACUUUAGAAGAUGGGAUACUACUCUCAUAUCUGUCUCUUUAAAGGGGAAGUGUGUAGGAUUUGGCGCCAUCUUGUGGUAAGGUUGCAGAUUACAAUCAAUUGAAUGCCCCUCCGCUCACCUCUUGCUUACAGCCACCUUCAGUGGCCUUCAGGUAAGAAAAUAAUGUGAAAGUCCCCCUCUAGAGCCAGUGUUUGGUUUGUCAGUUCUGGCCGACUGUAGAAACAUGGCAGUCCCUGGAAGAGGACCCACUCGUUAUGCAGAUAUAAAAGGUUCAUUCAAAGGAUAGAAAUAUAGAACGGUUCUUAGUUUCAGGUGAUUAUAAACAAAUAUUACAAUUCUGUUCUGCCAAUAGAUUUCCCUAAAUCCUACACACUAGGGUUGGGUCGGUUCUCGGUAAUACCAAUUCAGUCCAGUACUCCGGCUUGGACCGGGUUUUAUUUUUUGAGACCGACCGGACCGCAUACUCGGGCAGAACGUACGCGGAGCGGACGCCGUGGAGGUCCGCCCGGUAAAAGUGGACGUCCGCAAGCCCUGUGCGCGCAAAGCACGGCCGCGCAGACUCCGCUCCGCGCACCAGUGUCACACAAAAGACUGUUCAGCAUGUAUUUUUCACAUCGCGGGGAUUUUUCACGGACAUUUUUACACGGAGUCCGCUCCGCUUAUAGUACGCCGAGUCUGUGAGCACCUG